UGAAGAAGUCUCAUUAUACCAUUAUAAAAUCCCAUCUGACGUUACAAUGCUUGAUAUUAAAACCCAUAAACCUAAUUUUUUUCUUUGCAGAUCAGAAAUAAAAAGAAAGAAAAGGAAACACAAACCAGGAGAAAAAAGAAAGAACUUGACUUCUUUUUCUUCUUUUGCAUUGAGAUGGGUUCCCAGGUUUCCAAACAAGUGAAGCGACGAAAGGCGAUCUCGACGGAGAAGAAAAGUCUGUGUGAUCUUCAAGGAGGCUGUGGUCAUGAAUUUCCCGGCAGUGACUACAGGCCUCCAGAUAGAAAGAACUGGAUGUCUGGCCUCAACCCAGAGAAGCUUCGUGUGAAUCAGAUAGUAUGGCCUGGAACCCAUGAUUCUGCUACCAACAAGAUCGGCUUCCCAUUCGUUUCUCGCCCUUUUGCGCAAUGCCAGUCUUUGUCCAUCUAUCACCAACUUGUGAGAGGCACCAGGGUUCUUGAUAUCCGAGUUCAGGAGGAUCGCCGCGUGUGCCAUGGAAUCCUUGUCACAUAUAGUAUUGACACUGUCAUCAAAGAUAUCAAGAAGUUCUUGUCGGAGACACAGUCAGAGAUCAUAAUCUUGGAGAUUCGCACCGAGUUUGGGCACCAAGACCCUGCUGACUUUGGUAAGUACCUGGAGGAUCAGCUUGGGGAGUUUCUGAUUCAUCAGGAUGACCAUGUGUUUGGAAAAACAAUUGCAGAACUGUUGCCAAAGAGAAUUAUCUGUGUAUGGAAGCCGAGGAAUUCACCUCACCCCAAGCCUGGGAGCCCCUUAUGGAGUGCUGGUUAUUUGAAGGAUAAUUGGAUUGACACGGAUUUGCCAUCGACAAAGUUCGAGAGCAACUUGAAGCAUUUGAGCGAGCAACCACCGGUUUCAUCGAGGAAAUUCUUUUACAGGGUGGAGAAUACAGUCACCCCACAGGCUGAUAACCCAGUCUUGUGUGUUAAGCCCGUGACAGGACGGAUUCACAAGUAUGCAAGGUUGUUUAUUACUCAGUGCGUCUCCAGGAGUUGCGCGGAUCGAUUGCAGAUCUUCUCCACGGAUUUCAUUGAUGAGGAUUUUGUCGAUGCAUGCGUUGGGCUUACACAUGCAAGGAUCGAAGGGAAAGCCUAAAAUUUUCUCGGUUGUGCAAUUUUUUUACCUCCUUGUCUUGUUCAAUAGCAUAUUACAAUGUCCUUGCAUAGUACUAUCAUGUUCUUCAUCCAUGGAAACUGGUGCGUUACUGUUAAAUGGAUCUGCUGUUAAUUUGUUUGUUUGUAAUGUAAUGUAUGAUGUACAAAUUAAGGGCUGAAUAAUAUCAAUCAUAAAUUGGGAGUGAUUUGUUUUGGUUUGAA